AUGUUCAAAAACACAUUCCAGAGCGGCUUCUUGUCCAUCUUAUACAGCAUCGGCAGCAAACCGCUUCAGAUAUGGGACAAGAAGGUGAGAAAUGGUCACAUCAAGAAAGUCACUGACAAUGACAUACACUCAAAUGUGUUAGAGAUUGAAGGAGCGAACGUCAGUACCACCUACAUAACAUGUCCUGCAGACCCCAAGAAGACACUGGGCAUCAAACUUCCUUUUUUGGUCAUGAUAAUUAAGAAUCUCAAGAAGUAUUUCACAUUUGAAGUUCAGGUGUUGGAUGACAAAAACGUUCGGCGGCGAUUUCGUGCCAGUAACUAUCAGAGCAUGACUCGAGUGAAGCCGUUUAUCUGCACCAUGCCCAUGAGGCUGGAUGANAUCUCUCAAAUGAACUAG